GGCAGCUGUAAAUUAAUGUGUAACCAACAACACAGAGGUGGGAAGACUGGUCAGGACACAGUGUUAUUUAUAGAGGCUGGUGCAGGAGAGAUUCCUGACAGGCAUCACAGCAGGCGAACCACCAUGCCGUUGCUUCUUACAUUGUUCGCCCUCCUCAGCAGCACUUGUGCCCUAGAUACCAUUUACAUGCCUGGCAACUACAGCAUAGAUGAAAAUGGGUCCAUGUCAUUUGUGUCCGAUUAUAACAGCACAGCAGAGAUUAUCUUCUUCGACAGUGUUUCAGCCAGCUGGAAUUACAACACCAACCUGACCAAUUACAACCAACAGAAGCAGAUCGAGGGCUCCUUGAGAGAGCAGGAAUUCGUGGAAGCCUGGGCCAAGAAAGCAAAGGAGUUUGAUGGUGUUAAAGACAAUUUCAAAGAUAAGAUGCUGACAAGGCUCCUCGACCAGAUUCGCAUCCUAGGCGCUGCUAAUCUCUCACCAGAUGACAGGAAGGAGUUCAACACUAUCCUGAGUGAAAUGGACAAUAUAUACUCGACAGCUAAGGUGUGCCCACCUGGUGAGGAGGAUCACAACAAAUGUUGGAGUCUCGAGCCAGAGCUGACUGAUAUAAUGGCAAUAUCCCGGAGUUACAAGAAGCUGCUGUAUGCAUGGGAGGGCUGGCACAACUCUGCAGGGAUUCCACUGAGAAAGCACUAUAAGAAAUUUGUUCAAAUGAGCAACAACGCCUCUAGAAUGGAUGGUUUUAACGACACUGGAGAGCACUGGAGAUCCUGGUAUGAGUCGCCAACAUUCGCUGAUGAUCUCGAAAAGAUCUACAAUGAUCUCAAACCACUUUACCUUAAUCUUCAUGCUUUUGUGAGGAGGAAGUUAUAUCAGCAAUAUGGACCCAAAUAUAUAAACCUGAAAGGACCCAUCCCUGCACAUCUAUUCGGUAAUAUGUGGGCCCAGCAAUGGAACAACAUCUACAACCUUAUGAUCCCAUUCCCAAACAAACCCAACAUUGAUGUUACUGAUAUGAUGGUUAAGAAGAACUGGAACGCCACCCACAUGUUCAGAGUCUCUGAGGAAUUCUUCACGUCCUUGGGGCUGAUCAAAAUGCCACAGGAAUUUUGGGAUUCCUCAAUGCUUGAAAAACCUGAUGAUGGCAGGGAAGUUGUGUGCCAUGCAUCUGCCUGGGAUUUCUAUAACCGCAAGGACUUCAGAAUCAAGCAGUGCACGACAGUCACCAUGGAGCAGCUGUUCACAGUUCACCAUGAGAUGGGGCACGUAGAGUACUACCUUCAGUAUAAGGACCAACCAGUCACCUUCAGGAGAGGAGCCAACCCUGGCUUCCAUGAAGCAGUCGGGGAUGUUUUGGCACUCUCAGUCUCUACACCCAAUCAUUUGCACAAGAUUGGACUACUGGACAAUAUCACCAAUGACAAUGAGACUGACAUUAACUACCUCCUGAAAAUGGCCUUGGAAAAAAUCGCCUUCCUCCCAUUUGGAUACCUAAUCGAUCAGUGGCGUUGGAAAGUGUUCAGUGGACAGAUUUCCCCAGACAACUACAACAGUGAAUGGUGGAAACUGAGAACAAAGUACCAAGGCAUCUGCCCCCCAAUUCUAAGGAAUGAAACAAACUUUGACCCUGGUGCCAAGUACCACAUCCCUGCAAAUACACCUUACAUCAGGUACUUUGUGAGUUUUAUUCUACAGUUCCAGUUCCACAAAGCACUGUGCAAAGCCAGUAACCACAGUGGACCUCUGCAUAAAUGUGACAUCUACCAGUCAAAACCAGCUGGGAGGUUACUCAGUGACGCACUGAAGGAUGGCUCUUCGAGACAUUGGGAGGAUGUUCUUCGUGAUUUUACAGGCAAUGAUAAACUAAAUGCCUCUGCCCUGCUUGAGUAUUUCCAACCUGUCACUGAUUGGCUGGUGGAGCAAAACAAUAAAAACAAGGAGGAGAUGGGGUGGUCUGACUUACACUGGCAGCCUCCGAUCCCUGAGGGAUACCCAGAUGGUAUCGAUAAAAUCACUGAUGAAAAUCAGGCAAAGGUUUUUAUUGGUGAGUACAACACUGAAGCAGAGAAGGUGUGGUACGAGAGCAGCGAGGCCUCAUGGACAUAUAACACCAACAUCACUGAGCACAACAACAAGAUCAUGUUGGAGAAGAGCCUAAUCCUGUCCAAUCAUACAAGAAAGUACGGGGAGAAAGCUCGUCAGUUUGAUUACACAGAUUUCCAAAACGAAGAAACCAAACGAAUUCUGAAGAAAAUGAGUGACAUUAAGGAAGCAGCUCUGCCUGAAGCAGAAGUGAAGGAGUACAAAAAUGUCUUGUCUGAUUUGGAGACCACCUACAGUGUUGCUAAAGUAUGCGGGAAGAAUGGGACCUGUUACCCUCUGGAACCCGAUCUGACAGAUAUCAUGGCCAACUCAGAUGACUACAAUGAGCUGCUGUUUGCCUGGAAAGGAUGGAGAGAUGCUUCAGGAAAGAAAAUGAGGGACAACUUCAAGAGAUACGUGAAACUAAGCAACAAGGCAGCAACACUUAAUGGCUAUGCUGACACAGGGGAACAAUGGAGGUCCGUUUAUGAAUCCAAGAACUUUGAACAAGAUUUGGAGAAAAUUUACAAAGAGCUGCAACCCUUGUACCAAAACCUACAUGCCUAUGUCAGAAGAGCAUUACACAAGAAAUAUGGAGACAAGUACAUUAACCUGAAGGGCCCAAUCCCAGCCCACCUCUUGGGUAACAUGUGGGCCCAGUCAUGGAGUGAUAUCUACAAGCUGCUAAUGCCCUAUCCCGGUGCCAGCCAUGUUGAUGCCACGCCUGCAAUGAUUGAGAAGAAAUGGACUCCUUUAAAGAUGUUUGAGGAAUCAGACAAUUUCUUCAGAUCACUUGGCCUCAAACCGAUGCCAAACGAGUUCUGGAAUAAGUCGAUGAUUGAGAAGCCAAAGGACCGAGAGGUUGUGUGCCACGCCUCUGCCUGGGACUUCUACAACCGCAAGGACUUCCGAAUUAAACAGUGCACUGUGGUGAACAUGAAUGAUCUGGUGACUGUGCAUCAUGAAAUGGGACACGUCCAAUACUUCAUUCAGUACAAAGACCAGCACGUCUUGUUUCGUGACGGUGCUAACCCUGGGUUCCAUGAGGCCAUCGGUGAUGUAAUGGCUCUGUCAGUAUCCACACCGAAACACCUUCAAAGCAUUGGGCUGCUCGACAAGGUGGAGAACAACAGAGAAAGUGAUAUUAACUACCUGAUGAGCAUGGCCUUGAGGAAAAUUGCUUUUCUCCCAUUUGGCUACCUGAUUGACCAGUGGCGAUGGAAGGUUUUUGAUGGGCGGAUCCCUGAAUCUCACUACAACCAAGAAUGGUGGAAUCUGAGGUUAAACUAUCAAGGUGUGUGCCCUCCUGUUCCUCGCACAGAGGAAGAUUUUGAUCCUGGUGCAAAAUUCCACGUUCCUUCAGCUGUCCCAUACAUCAGGUACUUUGUAAGCUAUAUCAUCCAGUUCCAGUUCCACGAGAGUCUUUGUAAAGUUGCUAAUCAUACGGGGCCUCUCCACAAAUGUGACAUCUACCGAUCAAAAGAAGCUGGACAACGCAUUGGGGAUGCCAUGAAGCUAGGAAGCAGCAAGCCAUGGUACGAGGCCAUGAAAAUGAUCACUGGGGGCACACGCAUGUCAGCUGCUUCCCUGCUGAAGUACUUUGAGCCGCUGAACGAAUGGCUCAAAACUGAAAACACGAAGAACAAUGAGGUAUUGGGAUGGCCCGACUCUAACUGGAGGCCAGUUGCUGGCUCCACUGUACCUCCAAGUCCAACAGCAACAGCUUCCACUGCAGAAGGGAGUUCUGUGUAUUUCCUGGGAUUGAGUUUAGACCCAAGCCAGGCAAAGGCAGGGCAGUGGAUCUUGUUUACACUGGCCUUGGUUCUGGCCAUAGCUGUCAUAGGCCUUUCCAUAAAAAUGUUUAAAAGAAAGUGAAGUCCUAACAAAUCAUUGUCUGACUGCCAAAUGGAUCGAAAGGAAAUCUUGUCAGGGCAGAACUUUUUCACUACACAAAACAAAAAAUAAUCAGUGUUCAAUUUGUUAAUCUGGUCUCAGAAUGGUUAAUCAGUCACUUGUACAUCCUCUAGCAGUGAUUAAGUAAUCAGUACAGGGAUAUGGAAUAAUCGUGCAAAUGGUUCCCUUAUGUUUGUAAUUCACUGUAAUUCUUGAAUGUAAAUCCCAGCAAUUUCUGGUUACAUUGUUGAGAUUCCAUUAUGUAUGUUGGAAAUGCAACCAUGCUGAAUUGCAGUGAAACCGAGGCCACAUGUAUAAAGCUCCAAUGAGUAAGUUUCAGCAGAGAAAAUGCAACAGUACACAGACACAAUGGAAAUGUAACUGCAUCUUACAAUGGUGUAAGUUCAGGCAAAUCCAACUGUAAUGGAAAUGUUUUCUGAUUGGGUAUUUAACCAAAAAUAGGGUUGACAUAUUCCAGCAAUGAAAGCUGUAUUUUCCACUCAAAGCCCUGAGCCCCCACUCUUUAUUGAAUUCCCUGGCACGUUAGGAGCAGGCAGUGUCCUCUCGAGCAUGAGACCUGAACCCAUUCAAGCUUUGCGAGGCAGAGGUGGUCCCACAGCACAUCAGGUCUGGUGAGAGUUUGCCAAGCAAUUGGAUUGUCAAAUUUUGAGAAGAAUGUAAGAUUUUUCAAACAAUUGCAAGGAGAAGCCAUUAAAUGAGGAUUCCUAGAGUGGGAAGUGAAUGCAGUGGGAUGCUAUUGAAGUUCACUGACAUACUCACUGCACCUCAACAAAAAAAUUACUUCAUUUGCUGUUGAUUAUUUUAAAGCGGGUAACAUGAACAGCACUGUGCCAGCUUCUAUCUUACCUCCAUAAGACAUUAAGAUUGUCUCUAAAUAUUUUAAACUCCAUUUCUCUUCUAAAAUGAUGAACUGUUGAAGAAGUGCUAAUGUCAUCCUUGCAAUGGCUCAGCCAAUGUGUCCUGUGUGCUGAAGAGCUGCAGUAAGUGUUCAGCUGCCAAGAUUUGCUUGGCAGCUUGUAUGGAGUUGAUUGAGCUCAACAAGGAUGAGAGUUGAAAGUUUAUAAUUAGACAGAGAGGUGAAACUCAGUCAGUCAGAACUCCUGAUUGCCACUUAGAGAUAUCCAAUGGAUGUGGAACAAUGAGAUGGACAGGUUAGGCUACGUUGCCCAGCUGACUGGGUAGUCCAUCAACGCUCGCCAUCAAGCCUUGUGUGAAGGACAACAAAGUUACCAGAAUUCAACCAGUGCUCGUCAAGAAACAAACCCAACAACUUCAAAGAAUAAAAAUGGUGAGAAAAAUAUAUCAAGAUCCCACCCAAGAAAAAUCUGGAGACACUUAUUGAAAAAUAUCCUGCUGUGUUCUAGAAAAAUCUUGUUUCUUUCGCGUAUUUGCAUGCAUUCAUUGCAUGAUUUACAUGAUUUAUGUACAAGUUCCAAUCCAUGUUCUGUGGCAAUUCAUAUACUAAGUGAGUGAAGGACCUGAUGUAACUAACAGCAUGCACAAUAUAUUUAGCUGUUUUGAACUGUA